AGAGAGAGUUUUUGUAAAAAAGGAAACAAAAUUUUGUAAAGAUGAUGGGAAGAAGAAUAAGAGAAUGAAGUUGUGUUUCAUUUAUAGGGGUCUAGCUAUUUUAGAUGGACUAGGGUCCAUAAAAGAAUUUGCAGUAAAAAAGCACGUGAAGGUAAAUUCGAGUAGUAAUGUCAUAAUACGGGCGUUACCGAUAAAACACGGGUAACGUUUUAAAUCUUCAGCCCAUGGAAAAAGGAAUACUCGGCAGUUAAAUUCUUGGAUUUGCCUAUCUCAAUUUUUUCUGCAACGCCUAUGCUUUCCUAAGCAGAUGAAAACUGUCUGAAACUUCAAUUUCACCAAAGCAUGCUGUACCAAUUUGCAAUUACUUGGGCGCGCCUCAAUCAAGUUUGUGUUCAUUUCUCUCAAUUCUAUUUCAUUCUUGUUAAUUAGUAGUAUAAUUAUUUGUAAAUUUCAUGGCUUUGAUUAAACACCCAUUUCCCUUGUUUAAUUUUCCAUCAAAAUCCCAAAAACAUAAUUGCCCAUUUCAUGUACAACCUAGAAUUUCAUGUCAAUUGUCUAAAAACUCACAAGAUGAUGACGAGAACAAGAAACCCAAUAAUGGGUUGGAACUACUUAAGUUGUCUGUCACUCUAACAGUGAUUUCAACCGCGCUGCCACAACCGGCUGUGGCGGCGAAAGUGUCCGAAAAGAAGCGUAGUGCUAAGAAAACAGUAGAAGCAUUGACCCCAGAACAGUUUAAAUCAUGGUCUCAGGGUUUGCCUGUAGUUAGAGAUAGGUUACCCUUUACUGAGGUAUUGAAUUUGAUGGAGGAGGGUAAGCUUAAGCAUGUAAUUAAGCCUACUAGUGCUGCAUUAAGGCGAAAACCCGAGUGGGUUUUGGUUGUUUUGGAUGAUUCUAGGGUUUUCAGGACUGUGUUGCCCUCAUUUGAGGGUAAUCCUAACUUUUGGAGUAAAUGGGAUGAGUUGAAGAUUGAUUCAUUUUGUGUGAAUGCAUAUAGUCCACCGGUUAAGAAGCCGGAGAUUCCUUCCCCAUACUUGGGGUUCUUGUCGAAGGUACCCUUUUGGGUGAUCAAUUCAUUUUUUAAAACGAAGCCACAGUCAAAGAAGGCUUUGGAGUUGAAGAAGAUGAGGGAGGAGUUGAAGAGGCAGAGAAAAGAGGACAUGAAGGCAAUGAGGGAGGAGAGGGAGAUGAUGGAGAAGAUGGUGAAACAGCAGAAGAAGAUUGAGGAGAGAACCAAGAGAAGGGAAUUGCAGAAGAUGAAGCACGAACAGUCAUUGCGUCAAGCUCGGAAGAAUUAUAGAGAAAUGGGUUAUAUAUGGAUUUCUUUGGCUAGAGACAAAAAUGUGGCUACUGCCCUUGGGGUUGUCUUCUUUAUCAUAUUCUACCGGAUAGUUGUUCUUAAUUAUAGGAAGCAAAGGAAGGAUUAUGAGGACAGAAUAAAGAUUGAGAAAGCCGAGGCAGAGGAAAGGAAAAAGAUGAGGGAGCUAGAGAGGAAAAUGCAAGGAUUGGAGGGUGAAGAUGAAGAAGGAGAAGAAGAGGGGAAGGGUGGUGAGCAAAACGCUUACAUGAAGAUGGCUUCACAGUUCAUGAAGUCUGGUGCUCGUGUUCGUCGAGCACGCCAUAAAAGACCACCUCAAUUUUUGGAGAGAGAUGUAGAUGUGAAGUUUUCAGAUGUUGCUGGGCUUGGUAAAAUACGAAUUGAGCUGGAAGAGAUUGUUAAAUUUUUCACACAUGCAGAAAUGUAUCGCAGAAGAGGAGUGAAGAUACCAGGUGGGAUUCUUCUUUGUGGACCCCCUGGAGUCGGUAAGACACUGUUAGCAAAGGCUGUGGCUGGUGAAGCUGGUGUAAACUUCUUCUCUAUAUCUGCCUCUCAAUUUGUGGAGAUAUACGUUGGUGUUGGUGCUUCUCGUGUUAGAGCACUUUACCAAGAAGCAAGAGAUAAUGCUCCAGCUGUUGUCUUUAUUGAUGAAUUGGAUGCUGUUGGGAGGGAGCGCGGUCUCAUAAAAGGUUCAGGUGGACAAGAGCGUGAUGCUACUUUAAAUCAGCUCCUUGUGUGCUUGGAUGGGUUUGAAGGCAGAGGGGAAGUGAUAACUAUUGCUUCGACAAAUAGACCAGACAUCUUAGAUCCAGCACUUGUUAGGCCUGGUAGGUUUGACAGGAAGAUACAUAUUCCAAAACCUAGUCUUCAAGGGCGUAUCGAAAUUCUAAAGGUUCAUGCUCGCAAGAAACCAAUGGCAGAGGAUGUGGACUAUAUGGCUGUUGCUAGUAUGACUGAUGGUAUGGUAGGGGCAGAGCUUGCAAAUAUUAUUGAGGUUGCUGCUAUCAGUAUGUUGCGUGAUAGCAGAAGUGAGAUAACAACGGAUGACUUGUUACAAGCUGCACAAUUGGAAGAAAGAGGAAUGAUUGACAGGAAGGAGAGGAGUCCUGAAAUGUGGAAGCGUGUAGCUCUCAAUGAAGCAGCACAAGCUAUAGCAGCUGUGAACUUUCCUGAUCUUAGAAAUAUAGAAUUUGUAAAUAUUGCUCCUAGGGCUGGCAGGGAACUUGGUUAUGUUCGUUCUAAAAUUGAUCAUAUCAAAUUUAAGGAGGGAAUGCUAAGCCGGCAGUCUCUUUUGGAUCACAUUACAGUUCAGCUAGCAUCUCGAGCAGCUGAUGAGAUAUGGUAUGGUGAAGAUCAGUUGAGCACUAUAUGGGCUGAAACAGCCGAUAAUGCCCGGUCAGCAGCUCGUACUUUUGUUCUUGGUGGCCUGUCUGAAAAACAUCAUGGUUUAAACAACUUCUGGGUUUCUGAAAAAAUUGAUGACAUUGAUCUGGAGGCACUAAGGAUAGUCAACUUAUGUUAUGAACGUGUUAAGAAGAUCUUGCAACGUAACCGGAAGCUUGUGGAUGUUGUGGUUGAUGUACUCAUACAGAAGAAAAGUUUGGCAAAGAAAGAAUUUUUUGACCUUGUUGAGAUGCAUGGAUCCCUUGAACCCAUGGCACCAAGUAUUCUUGAUAUUAGAGCUGAGAAACGUAAGCUGCUCCAAGAAACGAUUUCAAAUCAGAAAGCUGCUAUUGCUAGCAAAGUUUAAGUGAGAAACUUAUAGGACCUUCUGUCUGCUUUCAGGAUUGGAGGAGGCGAUCUUCAGAUCACGAAAUCUCUUGUUUGUUUGCUUGAGCAGAACAACUCAGUAUUUGAUGGUUGUCGUCAAAUUCAGAGCGCUGGACCAUGGUUGUGUGCUGCUCCUAUCUAAAUGCCUUAUUGUCAGUUGCUGCAGGACAUGUACUUCGCCGUUUAUGGACUUUCUCUGCAGCUUCAGCGGAGAUGCCUUGCUCCUGGUUUGAAAGAGUGGAUGUUGGUCAACUGCAGAUAGGCGGGCAGCAAAAAUGACGUCAGAUUUUGCAAAACUUCAAAUUUUGCCUUUUUGUAUAUGAAAGAGCUUCUAUUUUUUUUACCCUUCAGAGGAUAUAGGAGGUGUUUUCUUUUUGUUCCUCUUUUUGACCUGUUGAUGAUAUUGCUAUAAUCCCUUGGGAAGUCUAAUAAAUCCAUCUAAAAUUUUAGUUUUGUAAUAUCAGCAAGUCAGUAACACUGCACUUUAUUGUUUUUUCCCUCAUAAUUCGAGUUUGUAAAACUAGUAAAAAGAAAGUUUUUGGUGUGGUGAACCCCCUGUGUUUAUAUGGACCUAACUUUGGGGUG